GGAGCAGCAGCGCAGCGAUGAGGAACAGGUUUCAAGACGAUUUAAAAAAGCGCCUCUUGGCUUCGUGGAUCGGGCUGUUUUUCUUCUCCACAUUCAAUUGAUUUCUUUUCACUGUCACUUCUCUAGCAGGGACUGAGAACAAACCAGCUACCAGAGAGUUUCCUAUAGAGACCCUGAAAGGGGACUGGGAAGUGUGACCUCCUUUCACUCCGCGCACAGAAAAGUUUCUGCCCUCUCCUCGCCAUGUCCACUCCUGUUUACCCAGGCUCUCCCAACCAGCCACCCUACCCCAUGCCUCAACCCAGCGGUGCCUCUGUAGCCCCCUAUCCAUAUGCUCCGGGGGGAUACGGAGAGCCCGGUCAAGCCCCACCACCAGGCUUCAACAUGGGCUACAAUCCAGGCCCACCUCCUGUCAUGUAUCAGCCUGGUCCGGUGGGCCCAGGCACAGUUCCAGCACCGGAGUAUGGCGGCCCUCCGGGAGCAUUCUCCCCGGCCCCGGUUGGAGCUCCAGUUGCGGUUCCUGUUGGGGUCCCGCCGGGGCUCGAGUACCUCACACAGAUUGACCAGAUCCUGAUCCAUCAAAAAGUGGAACUCUUAGAAGUAUUCAUUGGGUUUGAGACCAACAACCAGUAUGAGAUAAAGAACAGUCUGGGACAAAAGAUCUACCAUGCCAAAGAGAAGAACGACUGCUGCACCAGGAACUGCUGCGGCUCGUUGCGCAGCUUCGACAUGAAGAUCAAGGACAACAUGGACCGUGAAGUCAUCCGUCUCAUACGGCCUUUCCGCUGCGUCUCCUGCUGGUGUCCCUGCUGCCUGCAAGAGAUGGAGGUCCAGGCACCACCGGGCACCACCAUAGGCUACGUCAAACAGGACUGGCACCCCUUCCUGCCACGGUUUUCUAUCCAGGGAGCCAACAAGGAGACCGUGAUGAAACUGGAGGGGCCCUGCUUUGCCUGCAACUGCUGUGGGGACGUCAACUUUGAGCUGAAGAGCAAAGGUGGCGAGAAGCCCAUUGGUCGCAUCAGCAAGCAGUGGAGCGGCCUUUUGAAGGAAGUCUUCACAGACACGGACAACUUUGGCAUCCAGUUCCCGCUGGACCUGGAUGUGAAGAUGAAAGCUGUGCUCAUGGGCGCCUGCUUCCUCAUUGAUUUCAUGUUCUUCGAGAAAGUCGGGGAUGCCAACCAGCGCAGCACGGUGUUUUCAUAAGAGAAAAACAGAUGGGAGGGGAGAAGAUUAAACAACAGCAUGAGAGCAAGGACUUCCUCCCGUUAGACAUUCUCUGUUCAUGAACUGUGUUUUUCUAUUCGUUUUGUAAAUCCUUCACCAGAUUCCAGCCAAUAUGGUGCCGCCUUUUUAUACACACAGACCAAUAUCCGCUAACGAACUCUCAAUUCCAGAUGCAAGGAUUGUUUUUUAAAUGUAUCCAAACUCCGUGAUCGAUACAGGCUGCCAUGUUUUCAGUGCUACUUAUACUCUGUACAGUCUGUAGGCCUUUAUCUAUUUUAAGUGAGUGAACUUACCUCCAGCUGAGAUUUAAUCCCUGCCAAAGAAAGUCAACAUUACCCUCAAUGUCUUUUUCAGUGUCCACACAUAGAACAAGAGUAGAUAUCAACACACGUCUGAAUGUGCUUUAUGCUACACCGGCAUUAACAUGACAUAUAUGUUUAUGUAUGUUUAUCGACGUAUAUCACAGUUAUUCAUGUUUUAUGAAGUAAUAUCCCAAUAGAGUUAGUAUAAGUGCAAUACUGUUAGUGAUGUAGAAGCAGAAUUAAUUUCCUUGUUGUUUCUUUUUUAACCAUGCUAGCUGCUAGCAGAUGGCAGUGCCAGAGUUAGGGUUGUGAGCUUGUUUUAAGUACAGCCUCACAGAGCUGCUAGCAUAGCUGCAGAUUUCAACUCCUGGAAAUUAACAAAAGCUUUAUAUAAAGCCUGAACAUUAGCCACAGGCUGUCAUUAUUUAGCUUCUAUAGGGGAGUGGUGAUUGUGUUAGCAAGAGGAGUGGGAGAAUGUUUUAUUUUUUUUUUUCAUUUUAGUCGUAGUUGUGAACACAAGAGUUGACACAAGCUGACCGUAUUUAACAAAGCGCUCUGUCUUUACCUCAGCUGCCUUACUCUUCCUCGAAGCCCUCCAUGUGUACAUACUCUAACAAAACUGUAGUGCAGGCUACGGUGUAAGUGCUCUCACAGUCCCUCUGUAGUUUAGUGGUUGUCAGUGGAGACUGAUGUCGCAGCCAAACCUCGCCCUCCAAUUUCUCUAGAUACCACUGGGUUGAACAUGUGCCUGUGUAAUGAUGAUACAGGAGACAGAGAACGUAGGAAGUUUGAAUAGAAGGGACAAUCUGGAUAAAAGGGGAAUAGAAAGAAAGUAAAAAGCAGUAAUUGAGAUUAAUCUGACCUCAGAUGUUGGAAACCCUCCUGCCAGCAACCGCUUUAAGGAAACACCUGAACUGUAGUUUUUCUAGCAAAAAGUGUGUCUCUUUAGCUCAUUUGAUUGCUGUGCUUUAGAAAGAAUACAAUUAAUGGCAGGUUAAUGUUUCCAAUUGGUGCCUGUUGAAUGCAGCUCUCUCCUCUGUAUGUAAUAAUAAUCCUGAGAUAACAUGGGUGUGUCUCCUGUGAGGCUUGGUUGCCACUAGUGCUCUCUAAUCCAGAUUGCAGCUCUCUAUCACACUGUCAGUAGCUUAAUGUGUCUUAUUAUCAAUAUAUACUUGUAUAGAUUUCCAUAUUGCCUUUGUGCAAUCUGACCUCUGAUAAGGAAAGAUUAAGUAGCCAAAGGAUGUACAGUACAUUUAAUACAAUCUGUUGAACCUUCUAUCGCCUUUCUGUGUUUCUAUCAAAACUAUUUUUUGUGAUUGUGAAUUCCUUUUUUUUUAUUAUUAUUUUUUUUUUUUACACAUACAAAGAAAUACCCUGUAGUUCAGAAAUAAAACGAAUAUCAUAUUAA